CGUGGCGCGCAAACUGGAGUGAGGAGUGGGAAAUUAUUAAGAUUAAUUUAGCGGCAAAAUGGGGCAUGAUGAGAACAGUUAACGAACGUACGGUGACAAGCGUCAUAGAGAGUAUUAUGUUAUAUGACAGUGAUUGCAGCUGCCUCACUCGUAUAGAUUUCGUGACGGUGUAACGCACGUCCCGCCCACUAGGUGGCGCAACAGCCUCAGGGAUGAGUUCACGCGCAGGCGGACGCCUAAUCAUGUAACGGACGCCGUGUUGGUGCAGCCUGCCUUUAGAUAUGAAGCUCGUCCGGGCGGAGAUCACGCUGACGCGCACGUGUGCAUGAGUUGAGAUGACUAAAAAAACCGCCGUCAGGUUCUCUGAGGAGCAAUGACUGCGCUUUUGACGCCCAUCCGCACUCUGUUUCACAUUUGCGCAAACCUGCGACAAAGCACCAUUUUCGUUUUUAUUGGCGAGUGAACGAGAGUAACCUGUGUUCCGUUUCUAUCUCGUCACAUUUAAGUCAUAUUUUUGCAGAGAUAGACAUUUUUUAAAAUGUUCGCAAACUCCCAAACAAUUGGGGAAGGACGAGAGAGAGAGGGAGAGGCGGGGAGAGCGAGAGCGAGAGAGAGAGCGCGCGGGGGGAAUCGAGCGCCUGUCUGCGUCCGUCGUUAGUGUGACAGCAGAGAGACCAUCAUGCGGGGCGUGAACCGUCCGUCCCGCCUGCUCCGGUUCUUUGAUCACCAUCUCCAUCAGCCCGCUGAGGAAUAAUGUCAGCGGCCAACAGCUCGGGAGGAGCAGAGGUGAGCGAUUACCCCUGCGUGCGCUUCAUCGUGUCCACCGUGUCCUUCUCGGUGCUCCUCUUCUUCAACCUCAUCAUCAACUGGACCAUCAUCCGCGAGGAGCGCCUCCGCACCCACGCGCGCUUCGUGCUGAUCGUGCACCUGCUGGGCUCGGCCCUGGUGCACCUGGGCACGAGCAGCGUCUUCUACUACCAGAUCCACGUGGACGCGCGGCCGGCGCGCGCCGCCUGCGUGGCCAUGACCACCGUGCUGAUCAGCAGCGCCUCCAACAUCCUGCUGACGCUCACGGCCAUGGCGCUGGACCGCUUCUGCGCCGUGUGCCACCCGAUGCGCUACUCGGCCACCUGCGACGCGCGCCCCUGGCCCUGGGCGCUGGGCGCGCUCACGUGGCUGCUGGCGCUGGCCAUCCCGCUCAGCCUGCUGCUGCGCGCCGACCCCGCGGCCGAGUACCGCGGCACGUGCGGCCCGGAGCAGCUGCGGAAGGGCGGCCUGGAGAAGCUGGUGUUCAUCGGCGCGUGCGCGCUGCUCAUCCUGUACAGCUACGUGAGGAUACUGCUGGAGGGGCGGCGGCUGGGCGUGCUGAACCGGCGCAACCGGGCCGGCUGCCGGACCAUCGCGCUGCACGGCAGCCAGCUGGCGGUCUACAUCCUGCCCAGCUUCGUGAGCUCCGUGCUGUCGGUGCUGUACCGGCAGAAGCUCAUGCGCGCGGACACCAAGGAGCUGUCGGCCGUGGUCAUCUUUGCCUUCUUCAGUCUGGCGCAGUGCGUUGCGCCAGUCGUUUACGGGCUGCGCAAAGAGGAACUCAUGGAGCAGUUGAGUCACAGGUUCCCCUUCUGUUCACGGUACUUGAAGAGCGCCCUGGGCUGGACGGUCCGGGCCAGCCGGCAGCACAGCCAGCUCCGAUCACGAGAGCGAACGCUCACAGCCCAGACCAUCAUCUCCUUGGAGGUCCCACACGUGCCAGAGCCGGAGGAGGCGACCGAGCACGAACCCUCGCUCGACCCGAACCCGCGUCGAGGCGAUGAUACAUGAACAGAGGCCGGACUUUCACACGAACAUUUGGAUAAACGGACCGUUUCGUCCUGAGCACAACGUGACGGUUCUGAGGGCCUCACGUUUGGACUGAUGGAGGAGUUGAACAGUACUGGGCAGCGGACCUUCGGCUGUUUGACCAGUCGCAGGAUUCAUAAGCUAUAACGUCUUCAAGCUCUGGACUACAAACAGGCAGAGAAUAUAUUUAACUUAUCGUCAGAUGUGUGUUUAACCAUGAGGACAUUAAAAGCUGUGAGUUAAUGGUCUUGA